UAGUGAUAUAUGUAUACCACCUUCAACUGCAAGCAAUCAAUUCUAUAAACAUGUUAUGAUUGUUCACCUAGACUACCUUGAUGCCGGAGCUAAUAUUAUUAUAACAGCUUCCUAUCAGGCAACCGUUCAGGGCUUUGAAGCCAAAGGCUUUUCCAGUGAAGAAGCUGAAUCUUUGCUUAGAAGAAGUGUUGAAAUUGCUUCUGAGGCUCGAGAAAUUUAUCGCGAAAGAUGCACCAAGGACUCUUGUGACCUGGUGCAAAAUGAAAGGAUUGCAGAGCGUCCUGUUUUGAUUGCUGCUUCCGUGGGAAGCUAUGGAGCUUAUUUGGCUGAUGGUUCAGAGUAUAGUGGAGAUUAUGGUGAUUCAGUUUCCCUGGAAGUGUUGAAGGAUUUUCACAGGAGAAGAGUUCAGAUUCUAGCCAAAUCAGGCACUGACCUCAUUGCAUUUGAGACAAUUCCAAACAAGUUAGAGGCUCAGGCAUAUGCCGAGCUUCUUGAGGAAGAAGGCAUAGAUAUUCCAGCAUGGUUUUCUUUCAAUUCCAAGGAUGGAGUGAAUAUGGUGAGCGGUGAUUCAAUUGAAGAGUGUGCCUCUAUUGCAGAUUCAUGCAAUAAAGUUGUUGCUGUAGGAAUCAACUGCACCCCUCCUCGAUUUAUCCUUGGAUUGAUUCAAUCCAUCAAGAAGGUGACAAGUAAACCAAUUCUAGUGUAUCCUAACAGUGGUGAGACAUAUGAUGCCGAACUCAAGCAAUGGGUGGUAAGUUUUUUGUUUUUCUAUCUUUGAAUUUUUCCAGGGACAAGACAUACUUAACAUUCAUUGUUAGCUGAACAA